AAUUACCGUUAACAAUCGAUAUUUCCAGAAGAUCAUUGUCAUCAAUUUAUUGACAUUAAUUUGAACUAAAAAGCCAUGCAACAAAUUUAGUCCAAAAUAUUUAAAUUUAGGUAUAUGUAUCCAUGAAUCACGGAAGUAAUAAAUCCGAGAAAAUGCAGUUUAAAGACCUCUUAUCUGAAGUGCACGGUUAUUUCAAAAUUAUUCACUUCUUCGUAUUGCUCAACGGAUGACCUUAAAGAUAAUAAUCUGAAAGAAAUGUCAUUCAUUCUCUCGGUCUCUCUAGGGAGAAAGUAUCUACAAGAAUACCGUACAUAUAAACUUCUGUGCCGGUAUCUGGUGUUUCAGUUUCAGUACAGUUCGAAUAGCAUUCUCUCAAUCUUAAUAUGAAUAAUUUAACGACCGUUUUUUUCGUUCUUGCGGUUUUUUGCGGAGUUAACGGUCAAGGCGGGCCCCGCGGCGCUCUGACUGGAAGAAAUUACAUGGAAAGGCAGUUGCUGUGCGCCCUGGAAAAAGGACCCUGCGACGUACUGGGAAACCAAAUUAAAGGGGCGCUUCCUGAAAUAAUAGGCAACAAUUGCAGAGCCUGUGACCCGAAACAGAGGUCUAAUGCCAGAAAAAUGGCUAACGUCAUUCGAGAGAGAUAUCCGGAAGUUUGGAAUGCUUUGGUAGAAAAAUAUUCCCGAGCAUAACAUAUUAAGUUCCUUUGUUUAUUCUGAAUUAUUAGAUAAUAAUAUAAUUGUAUAAAACAAGUAGUUGUCUUCAUAUUUUAGAUAAUACAGUAACAAAGAAC